AAUUCAUGUUUGGAUCACGGUCGUUUUUAAAAGUCAUCUUCUCUGCAAUGCAAAGCUGUUUGACCAAUCCAUCACUAGUUCUUGCUUAACACGUAAUCAGUUAACUUUUUUAAAUAGAGAAACAUAUCAACUGUAUUACUUAUUGUAGGCGGCAAUUGAACUUGUUCUAUUUUAUAUUCUAUUCGUUUUUAUUACAUUAUUUUCUUCAUAUUUUAGCUAUUUACUGUUAAGUGGUCGCUUGAAUUUUCAGUGUUUGAAAAUCGUUCUAGACGGUCUAGUUCACAUGGUCGGCAAAUUGAACUUAAACGAAAUAACUUUGAAAAAAAUCUGUUUAGAUGUACAAAAAACGAUCAAAACUCUAGUUAAGUCUUGCGGUUUCUUAAAUAUUGAGAAGCAUUGAAUAAACAUCGAAUUUUAAAUUAUUUAUCUGAUAAUGCAGAAGCAAAUAUAUCUUCAACUAAAGUGACCGAAUCCAACACAUGACUACAUGAGUCGAUGUAUUAAAAGAUGAGUGGAAAGUGUCUGCUUUUUCCACUCCUUUGUAACUUGUUGUCCACUAUUAUUCCCACCUCUCCACCACUACCAAAACGACAAAAGAGAGAGAGAGAGACAUGGAUCUAGACUGGGUAGCAACUUUCCUCAAGGACUACGAAUGGCUGAUCGAGUAUCUCAAAAACAUGGUGAAGCCAGCGGCAGCACUCGCCGUGGUGCUUCUAGCCGUGGCUCUCUCCUACUCACAGAACCUCUCUUUGGAAGGAGAAAUGAUUUACUCUGUUUUCAGAUCGUUUCUUCAGCUCUCUAUUAUCGGAUUCGUUCUUCAGUUCAUCUUUAACCAAGAAAACGCAGGCUGGAUCAUCCUCGCUUACCUCUUCAUGGUCUUCGUCGCUGGCUACACCGCCGGACAACGUGCCAAGCACGUUCCACGUGGAAAGUACGUGGCGGGGGUUUCUAUCCUCGUCGGAACAGGUAUAACGAUGUUCCUGCUCGUUGUCCUCAACGUCUUUCCUUUCACUCCGAGGUAUAUGAUCCCUGUUGCGGGGAUGAUGGUUGGGAACGCCAUGACUGUCAUUGGAGUUACAAUGAAACAGCUACGAGAUGAUAUCAAGAUGCAACUUAACCUGGUGGAGACGGCAUUAGCACUAGGAGCAACACCACGACAAGCUACGCUGCAACAGGUGAAGAGAGCUUUGGUGACAUCUCUAUCUCCGGUUCUGGAUAGCUGCAAAACCGUUGGUUUGAUCUCUCUACCAGGGGCGAUGACCGGUAUGAUAAUGGGCGGAGCGUCGCCUCUUGAGGCUAUUCAGCUACAGAUCGUUGUGAUGAACAUGAUUGUUGGAGCAGCCACGGUUAGUAGCAUCAUGUGUACGUAUCUUUGUUGGCCAUCUUUCUUCACUAAAGCAUAUCAGUUACAAACUCAUGUCUUCUCAAGUUGAAGUUCUAAUCAUCUUUGUACUUUCAACAACCUUUGACAAUUGUCUGAAAUUGAAAACCAAACCAUUAUGUCUUAAAAA